AGCAAAGGCAGGCAGGCAGGCAGGCCUUGGAAGGAGUGAUACAGUCUGUAUGUGUAACAAGCUAUCCCAAAAAGGGAAUAGACACUCGUGGACCACAACUACUUCAUUAGUAUGGGAUCCUUUGGAUGCCAUUAUACUUGAGAACAAAGUAUUCAUACAGUGUAAAGACAUUGACCCAGUGGGAGAGGAGACUCAUUAAUUGAGCCCCUGGUGAGAUAUUUAUUUUUCUCUUAUUGUGCCUGUCCACUUACUGGGAAGCAUUUAGAGCUUUGCAUUUUUUAUUUAUUUUUUUUUUUUUAACUUUUUGUUGAUGUUUUGGAGGUGUGUAUUGUCUUUGUAACUGAGGUCUUAAUUUUUAUGUAUUUGUGUUUUCAAAGCUAUUACAUUUAAUAACUAAUGGAAUUCUUCACAAAACUCCCAAGGAUAUUAAUCCACUUUUUGCUGACAUGUUUACCAAUAAUGAGGAAUAUGACACUAUUGCUGCACUGGGUCCACAUUGAUUUAUUUAUUUAUUUAUUUUUUAAGCUCAAACUGCUAGAAUUAUAAUUUUUAUUUUUAAACUUUCCUAUUUUGUUUUCUGUCCUCCAAUGGAUGUUACUUUUUUAUUUAUGCUAUUUUUUUUUCUCUCUAAGGUGAACCAAUAGAGGGUGCUGUGGCGACUUACAAAUUUUUUUUAUUUUUUUUAUAUGCAGUAAAGAGAUUUGUCUAGUUUUGGUUCUUGGGUUAUUCAGAUUAUAGGUUGCCUCUCCUUUUUAAUAAAUAAAACCCUGUUAAAUGAAUGCUGGCAUUAGGAAUGCAAUACUGUAUUUCUAAUGCUGUGGUGCUUUCUCCCCCUCCCACCCUGUUCAAAGGUUAAAUCCUCCCUUUUUCAUUAAACCUUUUUCUUAAUUCGCACAUUGAGGUCCCUCUCUGCUGGCUAUAUCUCCUCCUCUGAUGUCAUGCCAAAGGAGAUACUAAUGUGCAUGAGUGUCGGACCGUGUGCACAUUAGAACGUCCCCAUAGGAAAGCAAUAAAUCCGUACUCUCCUAUGGGGAUUCUGAACGUUCUCAUGCAAAGCGUGAAGAUGUUUAAUGGAGUUAAACUCUGUGAAAAUGCAGGAAGCUUAUGUUGUUGCUGUCAGUAUGCAGGGUUACGAGAACAGGGACACUGCACCCAGACCAUGUCAAUGAGAUUAAGUGGUCUAGGGGCCUAGUGUUGCUUUAAAUUCACUGGUAACUCACUUCUAGUCAAUCUACUGACAGCUGCAGCUCUUCUGUUGAGCUCCUCCACCUGGAUGACUGCUGAUCCAGUCCAAUGUGUUUCAUAGAUAAAUAAUGGAGUCUUUCUGGGUGUUUGUCAAGUUAAAGGAUCACUAUAGUGCCAGGAAAACAAACUUUGUUUUCCUGACGCUGUCAUCCUUGGGGGACCCUCACCCUCAGGGUCCCCCUCAUGCUGGGCUAAAGGGGUUAAAACCCCUUCAACCACUUACCUUAAUUAAGCACCAGGCUCCCGCUGCUCUGGUGACUUCUCCUUUCUGCUGAUGUCAGCUCCCGAGUGGAGCGGAAUGCACAUGUGCUGAAUGAGCCGCACGUGAUUUCUAAAAGUUCAUAGGAAAGCAUUUCUCAAUGCAUUCGUAUGGGCGUUAUGUGCGCUGGAUGCGAAUUUCGCAUUCAGCGUUGCAGAAACUCCUCUAGCAGCUGUCAGGAAGACAGCCACUUGAGGUUGGAUGAACCCUGCUAUGUAAACAUAGAAGUUUCUCUGAAACUAUGUUUAUAUGUGAAGGGUUAAAACCUGAGGGACUUGGCAUGCAGACUACUUCAUUGAGCUGAAGUGGUCUGGGUGACUAGUGUCCCUUUAAGUAAGUUACAUGCAAUACAUGCCUGUACUGUGCCAUGUGGGGUUCAGUUAACUGCAGUUAGUAAGAACCUGAAAUUUGGCAUCUGAUAAAUUCCUACUUUAGUGAAAAAGCCUGUCCUAUAAAUAACCUUUUUGUGACAGAUUCAUUCAGGGUAUGAAUAAUGAGCUAUCUAUACACUCAGUAACUCCAAAAACAUUUAUCAAUUGAGAGAUGCAAGCCAUAUUUAACUUUUGCAACUGUGCUCAUGAAAAUGACAUAACACUGCAAAGAAGUAGUAUCUUAUUCUGAGGCAUCAAGUUUGAGCAUGUUUACUUUAUGAAAUGCUGUACAUAUGAGAUUUUUUUUUUUUUUUUUUUUCUCUUAGCAUUGGGAUUGCUCAAAUCAUGGUAGUCCCUACUUUGUUUUAUGGGAUCUCUGGAUCUUUCUGUCAUUUCUAUUGCCAAAAACCUGGACACGUAGUACCCUUGGUUCGGUGCUCUGAACCUUUGGGUCACUGAAUAGUCUUAGAUGGACCAUAUCAUCAUUAAUAUUACUGUUAGGACCUGCAGUGGUUAUGGUGCUGCGGUCUUCUGUUCCUUUUCCCAACAGCUGAGCAUAAGGGAUUAUAGCUGCAGCAGGGAGUAGAGGAAUAGGAUAGAUGAAUGCAGUUCCAAGAUGAUUCUUCCCAGCAAAUAGAAUAUCCCCCAAACAUGAGCCUAGACUUCAUGAAGGGUGUAACAGGAAUGCAUGUUAUUGACAACCCAGGGCUUUUAUGAGAAAUCCUCCUGCAAGAGGACCUCCCACAGCAAACAAAGACAACAGCCAAUCAACUGGGAGAUAUUGAGAUAAGUUAAGGGAUAACCCAAUUAUCUCCAGGCAGAGAGCACACCAUUUUCCCAAAACUUAGAACACCCCUUUCCCCAGAAGGUAUCCCCACAAAUUACAUAUCCCCUGAUAGCCCCGAUCUGGGGGACAAACAUAUCCAAAUUUCACCCAGAUCGGUUCAGGGUUUUUAAAAAAGUAUGGAGGGUACCUUUUACUGAUUCAGAAACUGGUACAAAACCAAACAAAGUCCCGAAUGGAUCUUCCUGGCUCAUAGGAGCGAUUGCUCCCCUUGUCCAUUCGCACAGAACUACCGAAUGGCGCUCUCCUGGCUGUUCGGGAAGUAAAGGAAGCCGACGUUUGGUAAUUUCAGCGGUGGUUCGGGAGGUCGAGUGUCCGAUUUUUAGUUCCAGACACACGACGACCAAGUCCCGCUGACUCCCCUCGUGCGAACAAGAUGGCCGCCGUCAUCUAGUCCACGUGGUGUUCAGCUAUACGAACAGCGGCCGCCCAGGGAGCACUUAAUAGAUGGUUCCUUGGUAGUUAAUCAGCCAGGAGGGGGGUCGGUGUUCGGUAGUUUCAAACCACUUUAUUUGUAAAUAAACAGGAAAAGGACCGAACAAAGAAGAAAAUGUCAAAUAAGUCUAUUUUCUUCACAAUUAUGAAGGCACAGUUCUAUAGGGAGUGCAACUUGGAUUUUGUUUAUAGGGAAGACUCCCAGUCUUGGUUUCUGCAUUAAGGGGAGGGGUGGCAACAAGCAGAGGGCACACAUUUUGCAAAGGAUUGUGGUUCAAGUGAAUUGGGUUGUAAAGAAAACCCUACCCUAAACUUUAUUAUGUGACAAUAUUUGCAUAUUUUAAAGAUUUGAGGAUUUGGACAGACAAGUGCAAACGCUCAAAUAGAAAAAGCAGUGCUCACAUGGCUAAAGCUGCAGGUUAUUUGCUGCAGGUUAAUCUGAAGUGGUUUUGAGUGCUUUUAGAAUCCCUUUAAAUAGUUUAGGAUAUCAGUAAAUAUAGUCCAUGUAUAUCUUGCACAUUAACUGGAAUAUGUAAAGGGACAAACUCUGAUUGGGCUACCUUUCCUAUGUAUGUUAUGAGAGAUUUCGAUUCUUGUAGUGAGGUGUGUGGGUUUUUUUUUUAAUUUUAAUUUUAUUUUACUAGGGCACUGCAAUGACUUGUUAGAGCCUUGUCUGUCUUUAUUCAAGUGACGUGGUCUAAAUGGCACAGCAUGACUUUGCUCCAGCCUGGCUUAAUUUUCCCACACUCUCAUCCACCUCUUCAAAGGUAAAUACUCAACUUUUAAUUUAUACUUCUGUACUGCACUAAAGUGGAUGCAGUUUAACUGGUUAAAAGGUAUUUUUGAGAACAGUAGCGGACUGUGGUGACAUCUUCUGUGGUUUUUUUUAAUUUUUUUUUUUUUUAUCUAAAAACUCAGUUUUACAAAAGGAGUUAGGGCUUUCUGGUACCUGUAGCCACAUUUUGAUUUGUCACAAAGUAACAUUUAUCUGUGUGUGUAUGUAUAUCAGGGAUAUCCCUGUAAUGAUAACAACCAGUAGAUGGUGGGAACAGGGUAUUGGGGGAUAGGAUUGUAGUAUUUAUAUUACUGGAGAAUUUUUGUAGUCCGCACUAGCACACUUUACCUGUACUACAGAAAGGAUUUUAUUCUAGAAUCUUAAAUGACAGCUGUCACCUCAAAAUGAUUGUCUUUUCAGCCAUAUACAUGCACCUUAGUUUGUUUGUGUGGUGUAUGGGUUUCUUUUUUCUUUUUUUUUUUUUUUUUAAUAUAUAAACUGUCUUCCCAACUUCACUCUCUGCACAGAAGCAGGGAAGACUAUAGAGACCAAUUGACAAAGGUGCAUGUAUGUGGCUAAAGGACCUGGUCAUCUAUUAAAGGUAGGGAUUUACGUCUUAUUUGUAUUCUUUACUUUCAAAGCUUUAUUUAAAAAUACAAAAAAAAACACCCAAAGCACUUCAGUUUGCUGUCCUGUUAAAAACAAAAUUAAAAAAAUGGGAAGGGGAUUCAUAUUCUGUAUACUGCAUGCUAACUUUUAUUAUGGAAAAUGUUUUCUGACUUGUCUAUGCAGUACUCUUCAAAUAUUGAGAAGCCUACUGAAACGUCUGCUCGCCAAGAUGCCUGGUGCAGUGCAAUACGACGACAUCACAGUUCUUCAGAGAAUUUAGACUCUGCUUUUGCAGAUUCCAGUUGGAGUAGGUUGUUUUCUAUACAUUCUGUUUAUAAUGGGUUCAAUAAAUUUAAUCCUUGCAUUGACUUGGGAAUAGUCCAUUUUAGGCUAAAAUGGUGCUUUUGGGCAUACAGUAGGAAGUAUUCAAUCUUUGCAAUGAUAAUCCCAGGAUUGAAGUUGCAAUACAGCAAGAUUUUACAAAGUUAAGUCCAAUGAAGAAGCCGUGCACCAAAAAUACAAACAUGUCAAAGGUUAUUACUAAACAUAUUUAAAACAACAAAAUUGCAACAAGGGCCUCAAUUUAGUAAUUCAUACUUUUUUAUAUAUAAUUUUUUUUUUUAUAACCGUUUCAAAUUAUUAAAAUCAGUUAAGUGUUUUGUUUUUUGUUUUUUAAGCUUUUAAUUUUUAUACAUUUUUAGAAUGUUAAAUAUUCUUGUAAGUAUUGAUCAUUCUCCCUGAUGGGUCUUUUUGCUCUUUGAACAAAGGUAAUUUUGGGAGGAAAGAGAAAAAUGUCUGGCGUUCACAAAGCCGGAAUGGAGCAGAAAAUAUAAAUCCGCGUAUGGCUUACAGCAGUACUGGUUCACGCUUUUGCACUAGCACUUUCCACAGUGGAAAAAGUAAUCAGGAGAGCACUACUUUUGAGCAUGAGAUUACAUGGAAAGAGGAUUGGGAACGAUGCAAGCCGUUUCCAGCUAUUGAUUUUGUAAGUAUUUAUCUUCUGAGUGGUUACUUGAAGUAGGACUGUAGAACAAAUAUAGGAUUUACAAAUGGAAGUGCUACUGUUUUUGGUCCAUCCCUGUGGGAUGAGUUGUAAAGACAAAGUAUCACAUGACGGAAGCUAAUGGAUGCACCGAAACUUCUGCAGACAAAAUUUUUGGCGAAAAUGGGCAUAUCACAUUUUGACUGAAAACUGGUCAAAUUUGUCAAAAUUUUAUUAUAUAUUUAUUUGUGCGUAGUUUAACAGACAUGUUUGCAUUGACCAUUCAUAUGAUUAUAUAUAUCACAAUGAACGAUAGUAAUGAUAACAUGAAAUUUUAAGAAUACUGCACAUGGGAGGGGGGGGACAUUAAAGGUGGGUGAUGUUUUUCAUAUUAGAUUCAUUAAGUCUAACUUUGAUACAAUUUAUAGAAAAAAACUAUAUAUAUUUUUUUUAAUCAGGGCCCCUCCUGAGGGGGCCUCCUGAAGUUUUGGUGCGUCCCUAUUUUUAAGCAUGGGUGUUUGGUAAAACUUUCUUUUUUUUAAUUUUUUUUGAUCGAUCUGAAGACACUGCUCUACUUAUGAGGUGCAAAGAAUUCCAGCCACUGCAAGUUGUUUCAUGUGACUUGUAUGCAAUACUUAUGAGGUGCAAAGAAUUCCAGCCACUGCAAGUUGUUUCAUGUGACUUGUAUGCAAUAUGAUCCACAAAAUGGAGUGUACCAAAAAAGGUAUCUGUCAAGCCAAGUAAUGGUCCAAUUUAGGUUCCAUUAAAGAAAAAUGGCAAAGUAAUUGUAAUCAGUGACACUUGUCACUGAUUACCUAAAAUAUUCACAUCUUGGAAUAAUGGAAUUGGGUGGUAGCAGCACGAUCUUUGAUGUGGAUAUAAGCAGCAAACGCCUGACAUUUAUCUAUUUGAUCUCAGACCAUUAUGGCUCAACCAUAGUGAAUUGUAUGUGUAUUCAUUUUAAAAACAUUUUUUCGCUUGCUUGUCUCAUGUCUGUUGCAUUGAUGAUCCAUUAAAUGUUGUAGGUUUUUAAAAAAAAAAAAGAAAAUUUUUUUUUUUUUAAUUUCCAAAAACUCUUUUGAAUAGUGUUGACUUGUGCUAUUUCGUUUUUAUUCAGCCUUCUUAUUACCCAGAGAAUGACGUAGAACUGAGCGAAACGAAGUCUGUUACUACAAGUGUAUGGGGUAAGUUUCAUUAUUUGUCUCAAAAUAUAGACUUCAUACUCUGUGCAGCAAAACCUGCACCUUGUGCCACUUUUUUUUUUUUUUCUUAAAUACUAAAGUAGCAGUGAAUCUCUUGUAAUCUAAAGCUAACAAAGGAAGUGGAAAGGUAAGUUUGAGGUGACAGUGCCACCUCAAAUUCACCAUUUCUUAUCUGCCAUCCAGUGCCAUGACAGACUCCUCAAUUACAAUCACAAAGCUUUGUCCUUGUCCAGUCAGAUGCUUCUCAUAGAAAUGCAAAGAUAUGUUUUUGUCUUGCAUUCGAUGUCAGGUCAUAUUCAUCUAACUAAAGGACUAGUAUAAGGGACGAUUUAUGCAUACUGACCCAUGACAAUCGCUUUUCAUCCAAUUUUACAAAAUCCAUUAAAACAUGUAUUUUUGUAAAUCUGUUAAAGGGACCCUGUUUUAAGUAUCAAACUAUACAUUGGUGUAUAGGUUAUGCACCAUGCAGUCUCGCUGCCAAACUAUCACUAGAGUUGUAGUUACCCUGCAAUACAACUAUUGUACUUUCCCAAACUGCAAUGUGUACAGGGCUAAAGAGGCAUAGCACCAGAUCACUUCAAUGAAAUGGUCUGGGUGCCUAUAGUGUGUUUGCAAAAAGUUCUGUUUCGGUUGGUAAAAUUAUACCCACAAUCAGUCAAAAUAAGCAAACUCUGUGGACCGAGGAGAACAAAAUGGACGGAGGAGAACCCAGGUAUUGAGAUCCAACACACAGACCAUAAAUAUGAUGUUGCAUGGGAAGGAGUAUGAUCCUUAAGAUGCAGGAGGCAUAAUAGAAGGAAAAAUUAAAUUGGUCUGGGGGGAACGCAAGUUGUGUUCCAAAUAAGUUGCAAUGUUUUGGCUGCAAAUAGAUUUUAUUUUUGUCCUCUAAAAUACAUGAAUUCUAGAAAAGUGACCCAAAAUUCAAAAAAAAUUGUUUUUAAUUUUUUUUUUUUUUUCUAUCUGACCUUCUCUGACUAGAACGGCCUUUUAUGACUUUCUUGAUUUUGUUAUUGCUCUGCAACUUUUAUGUCCAAAUUGCAAUUCCAUUGUUUCUCCCGAAUAGUAACCUUAAAUGGUGUUGACAGCUGAUGAAGGUGAAAAGCUUUGUAGAAAGGUUUGCAAGUGUAUAAAAAAUUUAAAAAAUUCUUAUUUUUAAAUUCCAGAAUACCCUUUAAUUACCAAAUCUAGAACAUCACCAAUGCUUGUGACUAAGCAGGGUAUGAAUGAUGACUUCCCAUCAGAAUAUCCAAUUGAAACAAGUACCUAUAUUCAGCCAGCAAAUAACAUGACAGACGCUCCUAAAACUCAAACCUCAAAGAACGGAUCUUCUCCUAUGGUAAGAAGGCACUUGUAUAACUUGUACAUUUCUGAGUAACGUUCACUUUGGUAAAGUGUUGGCUUGAAGCAACAUAGGAGCGGUUAUCUGUUUAAUUUGUCUUUCCAUCGCAAAUACAAUCUGUAUGUGGACUCUUACCACUAAUUACUGGAGCAAGAAGAUGUAAUAUUUAAAGUAAGUUCUGCAAAGUAACUGCAACCAAAGUCUUUGUAACAUUUCCCAAGCACACUGCCUCUGACCUUGGCCUAUGUUGUAUGACAUUGACACACAUAAUGUGAAUGUGUUGACUCCACAUUACUUCUUCAUUGCAGGGCUAAAAUGACAGGGUACUGCACCCAGAGUAAUGAGUGCCCUACUGUUCUCUACCCCCUGCCCUUCUGACUGAAACUUAACACUCUCACUCUGACAUUACUUGCCUAUCCUAUGGUGACUUGCAGCCAACCCACUCUUCCAUGCAUCUGAUCUUAAGUGGUGGAGUGGGAUGUUUUUUGUUCCUUCCAAACAUUUUGCCCCUUGUCUGUCUUCUCCCUCUCCAGAGGUUCCUUCCAUCUGUCUACCUACCUACAUUGCUGUUAUCUAGUCCUUUUUCUACUUCUUCCUUUAUAAUUUUUUUGCUUGGCUUCCUCACUUUCUCUCCUGACAUUUCAUCUAUCAUAUUCAUUCAACAUCCAACCACUAUUGUCCAACCUAAUAGCAUGAUCUACAUAGUAAAGUCAUAUAAGAACUUAUAACCAUGAGACUAACUACAGACAUCCUGCAAUACCUUUAAAGGACCACUCUAGGCACCCAGACCACUUCAGCUUAAUGCAGUGGUCUGGGUGCCUGGUCCCUCUAGGACUAACCACUUUUUUUUAUUUUUUUAUUUUUUUUUUACUUUUUUAUAUAAACAUAGCAGUUUCAGAGAAACUGCUGUUUAUAAUAGGGUUAAUCCAGCCUCCAAAGCCUCUAGUGGCGUUUGCAUGCCUCUCACUGUGAAAAUCAGUGAGAAGACUCCAGCGUCCAUAGGAAAGCAUUGUAAAUGCUUUCCUAUGAGACUGGCUGAAUGCGUGCGCAGCUCCUGCCGUGCAUGCGCAUUCAGCCGAUUCGGAGGAGAGCUCCCCGCCCGGUGCUGGAAAAAGGUAUGUUUUUAACACCUUCCUCGCCAUCCAGCCCGGUGGGGGCACCCUCAGGGCACUCUAGUGCCAGGAAAACUAGUAUGUUUGUUUUCCUGGCACUAUGGUGGUCCUUUUAACCAAUAUCUGCUUUGACUCUGGCUUCUCCCCCUGUCUGAUCACAUCUUCUAUCUUGUGUUGUCAGUGUGCCCUUACCUCCUAAACUUAAUUAAUGCAGAUUUCUUAUUCUUCUAUCCCAACACACAUUUAGGGAUAGAACAAGACUGUCUCUCACUCUGCCCUCAAAAUCAUCCUAACAAAUCUUGAACUUGGCUUCACUUCUUAGCUUAGUCUAGUGUAGCUUGUAUAGCCUCCCUCCGUUUCUCAGUUCAAACACCUUGCCCCACUUCAGUCUGGUUUCCACUUCCUUCAUUCUACUGUGUGAAGCCUUUACUAAUGUGACAAAUUGUUAUAGUAAUAGGUAGCUCAAGUUAAAUCAACAAGGAAAAGCUAUUAUAGAAGUAAUAUAACAAAAGGUAAAAUCUGCAUUUAUAUUGAAAUCGGUUGACCCUGGUUUUGUGUUUAAAACGUGUUUGCUUUGUCAUAACUGUUUUGCAGGAACACGAUCCUCAAUGUGAGGGAAAAAAUAUUCAAAGUGAUAUUUGUCUAGACUCUGCUUGUGACAUCUUCAACUCCAAUGCAUCUUUCUUUGAUGGCUUUCUAAAUGUGUCACAAAGUCCCCAGAAUGAGGUAAUUAUUUUUGUAGUAUCAGAAACUAAUCUGUUACUUCUGUUAAACACCCUGCACAAGUGAACAAAUCAUUGGCUAUUAUUUUAAAGACUGAUUCUUGCAGUCUGUAACGAAAUCCCCUAUUUACAGACUAUACGAACAAACCUGUUCGGUUAUUUGGAGGAUUACAGCGGGAUUUCGUGGCAAUAACAAGAAAUGCGAAUGAACCACCGACCUCCCACUGAGGUCGUGUGGCGCCUAUUGACCACCAUGACUGUUGCGGUUAACCACAGACUAAUUGGGGAAUAGCUGGUGGUCCGCGUUCGUCUACCGAACAGGUGACAAUCGCCAUUUUGUAUUGUCGAACGCACAGCGGUAAAUGGUGAGGAUUACCUGGAACUGAUUUCGGCUACCUAUUUUGUCGAACACCGCUGCUACCUUCGCUCAUCCUCGUUCAUACGGUGGAAAAACACACGAAUGAAGGGGUACUACUUCAUUCGUGCGCUGAAAGUAUGCGAAAGUGACCGACCCCAGAUAGCUAUGGUAUGGAACUUGCAGUCGGCUGCAAACACACGAACGGCCGGUGAAAGUCAAACUUCGGUCGACGAUUCUGAGAACUGUGUUCGUGGGAUCUGAGCGCUAUUCGCCUAGAAUAUGCCCUCCGAUCCAAGCUAUCUGGGGAUAUGUGGAACUUAAAGUUUAUGUUGUGUAAAAAGAAAGUUAUAUAUUUUUAUUCUGUCUUGCUAAAUAAGAAAAGCCAUGUUUCUUUCUUCCUGGAGAUAAUUAAGGCUCUUUGCUACCUUAAGUUAAUUAUCUCCAGGAUGGAAAAGUGAUUUAUGUAAAAGGGGAGUGCUUAUGCUAUAGCCACGGUGAUUGGCUACUGUUACUUUUGUCCCAGUCUUCCAUCUGGUCCCCUAGGGGAGUGUCCACCAGGUGGAAGACCUGCAUAAAUACCGGGCGAGUAGCCCACAGUAAAUCAGAUCGUUUACCCCUUCAUGAAGUCUCGACUCAUGUUUGGGGGGGAUUGGGAGUUCUAAUCACUUCGUUUCAGUUGGAUUUCGGGAGAAGCUGCAAGGAUAAUCGCUGCACGAAUGCAAGGAUCCUUUACACAGUCCUUAACUAAAUGUCCCAGAAUCACUUUCAACUCUCAAAGUGGUUAAUCCUGCCCACUUUUCCCUGAGUUCCAUCUUUACACGAGUCCUUUUCUUUGAUCUCCUUCCUCCAGCUAUACUAUAACGUUCUGUAAGAAGUGACCAGUUAGGGUUGGUUUCUUGGUAGACUGGACAGGAUGGCUUUGGAAAACAUACUUCAUGGUUACAUCAGGGACGUAUCUUCCGCAAGGCAAACAAGCCAUUUGCCUUGGGCGGCAAUUUCCAAGGGGCCACCCAGCUAAUGCCUUGUUAGCCUCGCUUUAAGGGGGCCCAAGAGCUGGCUGGCUGGCCACCUUUGGGCCCUCUCCAGGUGGAUGGCGAGGUUGCGCUGACUUGUGAGCGCUCACUGCUCAGCUCCUUUUGAGCGCCGCAGGGAGCGAUCACAAAUCAGCCCUCCCAUGCCACCCACCUGGAGAUAAACUAGCUGCCUGGCCAGCAGCCCCACUUGAUCCCAGGUAAACAGCCUGAUUAUAAUACUUAAAAUGGACCCCCUCUAUACGAACUGUACAAAAACCAAUUCCUUCUAAUCAAUGUUGUGGAUGUAAAGGUGUGUGUGUGGUUUUAGUUAUUUUUUUUAUUUUUUUUUGACAAAUCCAUGAAUGUAAAAGGUUGAUGAGUAAUAAAAUGGGGCUGAGUAGCUUUGGAUGGGCUAGUUUACGUCUCUGGUCCCAGUGAAAUCUUUACUGCAGACUAUAGUAUCGGGCCAUGGAUUUGGCCAUAAAUAAAUUUCGGCUUGGUAGCGAGUGUCUACUCCUUCGAUUAAUACAUUUCUAAAAUAUUGACACGGAGAACAGUCUGUCCUGAUUCUGAAUACUCAAGUUAUUUCAUAUAAUCUAAUGUGAGUUUGCAGAUCACUUCCCCUAAAAGUAAGUUCUCAUGUGUUUGUUUUAUAUUUUUUUUUUCUGUGUAGCAAUCAUGUGUUUUUUUUUAUGAAAAACUAAAUACAAUAUUUGGAUGGUUUGGCUUCGUUUCAGGAAGUGUUUUUGUUGACUAUGGGCAAUUAUGACUUUGUAUUUUCAAGUAUCUUCUUUAAGAAGUAGACGAAUGGGAUCUGGUGGAUUCUAAUACUUACAACAAUGCAGGUUCUAAGGAUGAAUGACUUGUUUUCGUGCUAUAUAAAAUGUUGCCAUAUUGCAAAUGAACAGAACGGCCUUUUGAUAGCUGCACGGUCAACUUUGCAGAUUUUUGUGGUAACUUUAAAUAAAAUCUCCAUUGCAGCGUUCUUAAUACUUUUUAAAUCUCUUGAUUGCUGUGACCAUGGUGAUUCUUGCAGCAAUACUGAGGCCGAAUACAUUUUAAAGGAUCUUGUUCAUUUGCUCCCCAUGUAUUUGUUAAAAUCCAUCUUCCAUUAUACAGCAUACAGAGUCUGAGUGAUUGUGUGUGUGUGAUUGUGUGUCUGUCAAAGUGUUUUUAACAGUAUUUUGUCCACGUUACCUUUUUAUAACUACUUCUUACCUAGCUACCUUAAUGUUGUACACCUAAACUUAAUUCUGUUUAUAUAAAUGCAUUACAUGGUCUAUCCUUUAACUGAAUUGCAUCAACUGGUAUUGCCUAACCAAUCAACUCCUGCACUUUCUCUCCACGAAACCAACUUUUGUGGGGGAGAUACGUGGUGGGAUGUUUAAAGAAACAGCUUACACAAACUUGUCUCAAUGCUCUUGACUAUGGAUGAAACUCUCCCAAAACUGGCUAGGUUUCAGGACCGUGACCUUUUGUUGUAUUGCAUACAAUGCUCUUUAAUAUUUCUCUCUACUACACAACUAUAUAGUCUGAAGGAGACAAAAAUAAACUGUUAGGGCUAGGAAGUAAUUUUAAUUCUUCAAACUCUAUAUAGAGAAAAAUAUUUGCUUUUAUUUGUAGGGGGCUGGUGCAACGUGCCAAGAAAGAGAUUUAAAGCUAAACUUUGAUACAGAAGAAGUAACCAAUGGCAAUUCUGUGAUUUCGGAAACCUUGUCAAGGUCUCCAAUGUUUCCUCAAACAGAUGUACUUUCAAGUUCACUGGAAGCUGAGCACAGGUGAGCUUUCAAUGGCUUUUUGAAGAAUAUGUAGACUAAAGAUUUCAUAGUGUUUGAAGUAAAAUUACUUUCACUACAAUGUAUGUAGUGGUUUUAAUGGCGCUUUUUUUUUGCGCAAGUCUUUAUCCAGUUACUCUUCCAUCUUUUUAGCCAGAUAAUUCCACUUCCUUAUUCUUACUGGUUAAAAAAAAACAAAAAAAAAAACUUCCUUUUCAUUAGACUAAAUCUCAUUUCUUCCAGUAUAAAUGUGACUUUGUGUCCUAUGUCUAGUCCUACCUAUAUGGUUACAUCUGUUUUGCUUAGGACAAAUUAAGAGGCAUGGAAGAGACAUUACUGCGUGUAAAAUAUAAAGUGUAUCUCAUAUUGCGCAUUUUCACAUUCCUAUGUCGUGCUGGAUUGAACCAUACAAUUGGUGGAAAGUAUCAGUGGUCUUCAAGAAACUUUAUCAAACUGGCAUUGUGGCUAAAAGGAUCUGGAACUACUUGCCAAUAUAUUUUCAUGAAAGCUAGUGGUUGAUGCAGGUCUCUUGAUUUCACUUUUAUGUACCCUCCUGUCUCUAAUAAUUGUGUACUAAUUAAUGCUGUAGUAUAUCCAGGAACAACAAAAGGAGAUCUGGUCAUUCCUCCUAGAUGUUACUUUUGGAAUCUGCUAAUUGUGUUCUUACAAGAGAUGUUCUAGGCAUUCUGGUUAAGAGCUCCUCAAAAGGAGCAAACUGUUUUGAUAAAUGUUCCAUUUUGGCUGCACUUUUGUUUCAUUAUAUUGCUUCCAAAAUUCUAAUUUAAUUGUAGGACUCUAAACAAAAUAUCUCUGUACCACUUAUUUUCAUUUUUUUUUUUUUUUUUUUUUUCCAGGUUGUUGAAGGAAAUGGGUUGGCAGGAAGAUGCUGAAAAUGAUGACAUUUAUGCUCCCUUAACAGAAGAGGAGUUGAGGGAAUUCAAGGCCAUUAGCGAGCAGGUAAUAUAAUUUAAUAUUAGAAGGGCUUUAGAUUGUAAGCUUGUUUCACGUACAGUACUGUUUCCUGUAUGCGACACGUGUUUUGGUUAAAAUGUUUGCCAGUUGUACUGCACUGUUAACUAUUUUGGCACUAAAUAAUAUUGCAAUUGUACAUCCAUUAAAAUUGGUGAAUUGCUAAAUUUGCACUAAACUUGUACUAACGGCUAAGAUUCUCUGCAAAUCUGCCAUUGUUACGAUUUUGCAAUUUAGUUCUAUCCACUGAAUAUAAAGCGUAACUUCAGUCUACCGCAAAAUCUAUAGAUAUAUUGGUAACCAUAGUUUCAGAUCCGUCAGACCACCUCACCAAUAAGUGUCCCUGGGCAGGACACCUUACAAUAUAUACUCGCCCACCUUAAUAAUAUGAGAGUAAGCCGAACCAAGAAAAGAAUGCUGGUUUGGACAUCGCCUGGAUUAGCAAUGUGGUGACAAUUGGGCUACUGGAACAAACAAGUCCUAGAUUUGCUUGACUGCUACAACAGCAGACCCAAUGAGAGGGGCUGCAUGAACCAUCUGUGGGAAUUAGGAAGGAAUAGACAAUCUACCUUGAUACAGAUCCAAUUUGAUCUGUUCUAUUCAGGGGAACCCAAAUUGUUUUCAAGUGCACUUGGAGAAGCGUGAAUUAGACAUGACUCGUGUUGGUUAUCAAAAAAGCCUCUGACCUUUAUUUUGUCAGUUGUGUUUUUAUACAUUAAAAAGUGCAAAUACUCAUAGAACAGAAGAUGCAAGGGAGUGAAGGGAGUACAGAUAAGACCUAGGGAUGAACGUUGUGUACAUAUAACAGAUAAGUUCUGUUAUAGGUGCAUGAAGGUACAGACUGAUUUAGGAGAGACUGCUCAGGUGGGAGCUAUCUGCUCACGGAACAUAUAUGGUCUUAAGUGUCGCUUUAAGCAUUUCCCGAGUCCAAGUUAGCCAAUUUUUAAUAUAGGCUAUCUAAUAAGACACCUAUAAGCUUGAACCUUGGAAUCAAAGUAAAUUUUCAAAACCCCAUCAUCAAAAGGGCUAGUUAAACUUCUGAGCAUUGCUAAGAGGAAGCUAUUUUCACAACUGACUUUGGAUUGACUACACAAAUCAUACAUGAGCCACAUGGAGGAAGAUUCCCAUAUUUGGGCAUACUUGGGUUGUGAACCCAAAUCUUCUCCAAGGUGGCAUAACCUCGGAUAUAAGAAAGAUGAUCCUAGAAAAGGCCUUGACAAGAUGACCGAAGAUCACUGGUAAAUUGCCACCAGACUGUAUACAAGUUAGUGAACAUCCACAGCAGAACACACCAACUGGCUCUUUAUAUGAAAGACCAGCCAUGCCCACCAUGGCGAUUCAGAAUGGAAGCCAAGAUAAAGGAAACACAGUGGGAGAUAUCAAACAGUGCGUAGCCCACAUUAAGAGUUGGUUAGCCCCAGGACCCGACAUGAUCCACACCCAAUGGAUAAAGAAACGAACAAUGCUGCAUGAAUGGAUAGCAAAAAAUAUAUAGAAAAUGGCGCUAGAGGAUAAAGUGAAUAAAAGGUGCUGCUAUACCCAAGCAUAUCACCACUAUAUAUACUUAGAAAGAAUACAGUAAAACGUAGAAAAAGGUAAAAGCGCACACAAAACAAGGAGGUCUUUACCUGACGUAUUAUAAAUAACUGGUAAGGGGUAACUCCUCCUUUAUAUACAAUAUGUAUAUACAAUGUAGGUUUUGCCUAUACAAACACAGAACAAAACAUAGUGUGGUCUGUAUAUAAAACACAAUAGAAAGGAAAUUAUGAGCUGAAAUCACUCACACUUUGCUGAGCCGUUUAAAGUAGGCUCGGGACUUAUGUAGCUUUAUAUGUCACUUAAGUGGGACAUGCACAUUCCUUCACUCUUCAGGCGAAUCCUUCAAUGAUCUGAAUAAUCAUCUGAUGAAAAGUUGGAGUCAGGAGCCAGGAGUAUCAGGAUAUAUAAAAAGAUAUUUAUUUGUAUAAAAACAAAUAUAUAAAAGAUAUUGCACAACGCGUUUCAACCAUCAGGUGGUCUUCCUCAGGUGCUGUUCAGAGCUACAAUGAGCCUGCUACUACAUAUAUAGGGCUUAACAUGGGGGGGUAAUUACAAACAUUCCCUACACAUGUAGCACUAAUUAAAGUACAAUUGCCUUAUAUGGUCCGAACCGGAUGUGUUCUGCCACCUCCAAUAUGGCUCCACAUCCGGUUCGGAAACAUACACUGUAAGUGCAAUACACAUUAAAACAAUUCACAAAAUACCACAUAAUAAAUAAAAUAUAUCAAUAUUAAUCCCCCAGCAUAGUCAACCGACACGAUAUAGUCAAAACGUGGAUAACCUAAUGCUAGGGGAUAUUAUAGAUUAUAUCCGAUAGGUCCGUCGCGUCACUUCCGGUGACGCGCGUAUUGAUGAAAGCAGUCCGUCGCGUCACUUCCGGUUUCGCUAGGAAGAGGAUCGGCAAUGUCCCUUAGUUUCCAUAUUAGGAAUGAUGUUGAUAUACUGUAGGGCUAACAUAGCCAUCUUUAAAGUGGGCAGUCUGUCCAUAUCCUCCUCCCCAGUACAUAUAUACCAAAUACAAAUAUAUUAUAUAUAAAAAAAAGAGUAUUCAUCAUUUUAUAGAGCAUCCAUUACUAACAUAUAAACCAUAUUAAAUGAAAUUUCAGGUGCUAUAUAAACACUAUAAUACCUCAAUAAAGUGCAAAUUAUAAAGUGCUCUUAGAAAUAUAAAAAAAAAAUCUAGAAAACCUUAAAGAAACCCAGUUGUUCAGCAAAUAGUCUUUCCAUGAUGAUAAAUGGAAAGCAGGAGGGAGAUAGAGAAGAUAUUUCAAGAAGAAAAAAAAAAGAAAUCCAUAUUUCCAUCCAUUUAAUGGCUUAUAAUUUAUUGAUUUCAAAAUCAAUAUUUAGACCUCUUGGAAUUAAAGUACAUAAUUCAAAAAUCCACUUAGAUUCUUUAAAACCAAGAGCUCUAGAUAUAUCUCCCCCUCUCCAAUUUCUAGUCACUUUUUCAAUAGCAAAGAACUAGGGUCCGAAUCAUGGUGUUGUAAAAAAUGUCUUUAUACACUAUGAUUCGGAAAACCCUUUUUGAUGUUUCUAAGAUGUUCAUUGAUUCUAAUCUUAAGCUGACGUGAAGUUUUUCCCACGUAUUGGUAUCCACAGUUACAUUGUAAAAGAUAGAGAACAUAGGUGGAGUGACAUGUGAUUAAAGAUUUAAUAUGAUACUCCCUCUUAGUAACUGAGGAGUAGAAAUUUUCCACUUUCUUAUUAGUUCUUAAAGUAUUGCAACAAGCCUGACAAGAUCCACAAUAAAAAAAGCCCUUUUGUUCUAAUGUCCAGUUGCUUAAAAAAUUUCUAGGGGCCUCUGUUUUAAUAAAGCUAGAUGUCAACAUUUGUUUUAGAUUUUUAGCACCCCUGAAUAUAAAUUUGGGUUUAUUUCCUAUAUAUGGUUGGAUGUCCUCUUCAUGCUGUAGGACGUGCCAAUUUUUGUUUAUAAUUUUUUUUCUUAAUAGCACCAAUGUUGCUAGAAAAAUUAAAAAUAAAAGGAAUCUGUUUAUUUUGUUGGCCUAGAUCCUUUCUUUUUGUAUUGUAACAGAGGAGUCCACUCCAUUUUUUCCAACUUGCUCUAUUGCUGCAUGAAUGCCUAGCCGCACAAAUGAACCCGCUGCUAGCAACAGGUUCCUAAUAUGACUGGCUAACACAAGGUAGAACAAUACUGGUCAUGAAGGAUCACCAUCUAACCACAAACAAAUCACCUGCCUUCCUAUAACCUGGAAGGACCUGUCAGGCCUCAAAGAUUCACGGGCAUACAAGGCUGUACAAGACAGUAAGAGCCUUCAUCAAGAAUUCAAUGGGCAUGUGGGAAAACUGCUCUUGAAGCCAGUUCCAGGACCAUAUCACACACAUGGCAACACGAGGAAGAGGCAAGAAGAAUAGCAACAUCUAUCACCUUCAGAGAGUCACAAGUCCUGAAGUUCCAGCUUAAUGUCAAAUGAGAUCAAAGCCAUUAACACAUCCGGUACCCAGCUUGAAUGAUAACCUGACCAAGAAAAUAGCUGGUCACCAUGUAUGUCAUCCAGAGACUACUCUCACUAUGAAUGGAGAAUUCCCCCCUGAAAUCAAGCACCCAGAGACUGUAUACCAGCGGGAAAGAGGUUGUCGCUUAACUGUCAAGGUCAGUCCUGGGUGAAACACAACCUCCACAAGUACAACACAAAGAUGGCUCCUAAAGAUGAAUUGCUAAGGGAAUGACUGAGAGUGGCUUCAACAGAUUCCAGGUGGGACUAGAGAAUCAGGAAUAUAUACCACCCUGGAGGGAUUAAAAAAAUAAACGCUCUUGGUUUUUGUGUGUGCACAUAAUGUUUGGAAGAGUGAUGUGCAAGGCCAAAGCCAGGCAGACACACUUAAAGUUGUGCUCAGAAGAUCACUGUUUCUGCCACGUCUCCAUUCCUGGUCAACCAUAUAAGAAAAGUGGGUACCUGGGGUACUUUUGCAUAUGCUUAAGUUUUCUGAAUGGCAUGCAAAACAGCAUAUGAUCGUUUUUUAUUCCAAAUGAAAUGUGGAAUGGUUCCCUUCAUGAGCCAAAGCAUGGACUUUGAUCCACUAGUCGAUUGUAGUCUCAGGUUAACUGCCUGAACACCUUUUUUUUGAUUCAUAGUAAAAUAUAUUGGAACCCUUUAAUCAAAGGCUGUAGUGUUGCAGGAGUGUCUGUCUGCAGUAUAUUCGUACACCUACUGCUAAAUUGUAACACAAAACUUGCUAUGUAAAGGCAAGUAUGUUUCAGCUAUAUUUGUACUACAAUUUGACUGUAUCUUGGUUAACAGAAUAGCUGAAUUAUCAAACUGGCAGCAUCAUGGUCGGGUUUUUUUUUUUUAUUUAUUUUUUUUUAUUUUUUUUAUCUACUUACCAUUUCUUGUUUAAACUAAUUAUCUUGCUACAAAGGCAAGCCUGCCUUCCUCACUAUGUUAAUCUAAUGCAGGCUUCCCCAAACUCUGGCCCUUCAGAUGUUGCUGAACUACAAAUCCCAUGAUUCUAUGAAUGAAAUGGCUAGGCCAACAAUCAUGGGAGUUGAAGUUCAGCAACAUCUGGAGGGCCGGAGUUUGGGGAAGCCUGCUCUAAUGCAACCCCAACUCUUACCUUGCAGUAUAAUCACUUUAUUUUUAUUUAUUUUUUCAGCUUCAAAAGAAUGGCCUCCGUAAACAAGGUUUCAUGAAAAAUUGUCUUUCGCUUGAUUUCAAGCUCUCGUCAUGGAAAAAUGUCACUCUUGCCACAAAUGGUAAUGAGGAGUCUGAGACCAGCAGCAGUGACACCUCUGACGACGUGUGAAGGUUUUCUUUAGUUCUGCAAAAACUGUACCACAUUUGAUUCGAAUUGUACUAAAGCCUUGUCUUGAGAUCUCCUAAUGGCUCACUUUGGCUGAGUGUCUGCACCCUUUCAUGUAUUUAUUUUCAAUUUGUUUUUUGUUUUUUACCCCUGGAUUCUCACUCCGGCUUAAGUCUGACAUAAAUUAUACUUUAAUUCCUUCAUCUCUCUGAUUAGCAGUGUGACACUAACAAUUUGGGGCUACUACUUGUUUGACUAAUCCGGUUUUGUAGUAUUUGCCAAGGUUUCUGUUUUUUUUUUUUUUUGUUUGUUUUUUUUUUUAAGCUUGACUCUUGAAAUCCAAUCAUAUAGCUUUGUUUGUUGUGCUAAAUGUUGGAUGUUUUUGUGGAGUCUAUGCAACAUAACUAUUUGCAAUUAUGCAGAUUAAAAGUAUUUAAUUUCUACACUUCACAAUUAAGGUUAUAUUUGGGUUGUUGCAAAAGCCUAGAACUUGACUAAAAUAUUGUUCAAAAUAAAAUGUUUUGAUAUUAAAGUGGGACUGUCACUUUG